GAGCCCCGGGCAACUAAGCUCUAGGAAAGACUAAACUCAUGAAUAAUUCUGAAAAUUUCUUAAUGAUUCUUUAGUCAAAAUGGGGUCUGGCAGAAGUGAAUCCUCAAUCUUGAUCGCGUACGCUUUUGUCCUCUGCUCAGUCCUCUCGGCCGCCUUCGCUCAAGAACCUGAACUUGGAUCGGCCCGUGUUGUUUUUCAGACAAAUUAUGGAGAUAUUGAAUUCGGAUUCUACCCUUCUGUGGCCCCAAAGACUGUCGAUCACAUUUUCAAGCUUGUUCGUCUAGGAAGUUAUAAUACCAACCAUUUCUUUAGGAUUGAUAAAGGCUUUGUGGCCCAAGUUGCUGCUGUUAAUGGUGGAAGAACAGCAUCCAUGAAUGAUAAGCAAAGAGAGGAAGCUCAGAAAACUGUCAUUGGAGAAUUCAGCCAUGUCAAACAUGUGAGAGGAAUUCUUUCUAUGGGAAGGUAUGACGAUCCAGAUAGUGCAUCCUCAUCGUUCUCAAUACUUUUAGGAGAUGCCCCCCAUCUCGAUCGAAAGUAUGCUAUAUUUGGAAAACUUACUAAAGGAGAUGAAACAUUGAGAAAGCUCGAAGAUGUUCCUACACGCCGUGAAGGGAUAUUCGUGAUGCCUGUGGAGCGUAUAACCAUUCACUCGACUUACUACUAUGAUACUAAGGCAGAAACUUGUGAAGCUGAAAACGUGGGCUUGCGAAGGAGGCUUGCUGCUUCGGCUGUUGAAAUUGAAAGACAGAGAAUCAAAUGCCUCCCUUGAAACAUCCCGUGAAGAACAUGGCCAAGAACCUCAACAUUUGCAAAUCCAUGUAAUAUUGUGUAUUGGUUUUCUCUUUAUUCUCAACCAGUAAGCAUAUUUAGAAAAGUAUAAUAGUUGUACUUAGGCAUCAAUUUAUUAUCUUGCUUAUAGCCUUAUAGAAGACAUUGUGUGCCCUCUAUGUAGGAACGACAAUGAAAUAAUUAACCAUCUCCUAUUUAAUUCA